AUGGAUGGUCUCAUGUCGCCCAAUAAUGUGACUGAAUUUGUUCUCUUGGGACUCACACAGAAUCCACAUUUGCAGAAAAUACUUUUCAUUGUCUUCUUGUUCAUUUUCCUGUUUACCAUCUUCGCCAAUCUGCUCAUUGUCAUCACCAUCUCCCUCAGCCCCACACUUUCGGCUCCAAUGUAUUUUUUUCUCACCUACUUGUCCUUUAUAGAUGCUUCCUACACCUGUGUCACCACCCCCAAAAUGAUCAUUGACCUGUUCCUUCAGAGAAGAACCAUUUCCUUGGGUGGCUGCCUGACUCAGCUCUUUGUGGAGCACUUCCUGGGAGGAUCAGAAAUCAUUCUCCUCAUUAUUAUGGCUUAUGACCGCUAUGUGGCCAUCUGCAAACCCCUGCACUACACCACCAUCAUGCGACCAGGGCUCUGCCGCCUUCUAGUAGUCGUGGCCUGGAUUGGCGGGAUCGUUCAUGCUACAAUACAGAUUCUCUUCAUGAUCAACUUGUCCUUCUGUGGCCCCAAUAUUAUUGACCACUUUAUGUGUGACCUUUUCCCACUGCUGAAGCUUGCCUGCAGAGACACCUACCUGCUUGGAAUGGUGGUGGCUGCCAACAGUGGGGCCAUGUGUUUGCUCAUUUUUUCGAUGUUACUCAUUUCAUACAUAGUCAUCCUGCGCUCCCUUAAAUCCCAUGGCUCUGAAGGGAGGCGCAAAGCCCUCUCCACUUGUGGCUCCCAUUUUACUGUAGUUGUACUCUUCUUUGUGCCCUGCAUAUUCACAUACAUGCGUCCUGUGGCCACUUACCCAGUGGACAAGUUGGUGACUGUGCUUUUUGCAAUCCUCACCCCUAUGUUAAAUCCUAUCAUUUACACAGUGAGAAACACAGAGGUGAAAAAUGCCAUGAAGAGUUUGAUGAAGACUAGGGUAACUUAA